AUGACUGACACCACCCCUAUUCUUCCGAAGCCUCACAACGACACACCCAUACUGCCUAAGCCACCAAAUACUGCUCCAGCUAAUACAAGCACAAUACAACAUCAACAGCCUAGCCGAAUACCGGUUUUCGGCAAAUCAACCUGUCAAUAUCCAAAUCCUAACUAUAAGUACAAUCCCGAUAUUGAGUGCACCACACUCCUUCUUGUAACCACUGAUGCGCAUGAAUAUAUCUGUCGAUUUGCGUUCCACCUUACCUACACUCUACAUGAAUGUAGAGAGUUUCAGGUGCAAUUUAUACCAAUAUCACCUCAACCGGUAGGCGGUCAGCAGCCGCAACAGGUUCAACUAAUACCAGUGAGUGGACAUAGUCCAGGCCAGCAGUUCAUUGUCAUUCAGCAACCGUCAAUCUCGACACCUUCGUUGCCACUACAUUCGUCGAAUAAUGCACCACAACCCAAUCAGUUAUAUAUCGUACAACAGCCAGCAAAUGGACCCAAUCAUCCAUCGCAACAGAUCGCAUUCAUUCCGGUGCAAAUGCAGCCAACCAGCACAGUUCCGGCGCCAGCCCAAACUCCGCCAACGACCGAAACGAAGCCGAUGAUUGCGAAUCUACAGCCACACUCGAAUCUACAACAAAUGAGUAACGUCGAUGUGAUGACGCCACCUGCUUCCAAACAGGAAACUUCCAAUUGUACACUCAGUGCUGGUCAACAGAGAAUCACUCUUGGAAAUUUGCAUUUCCAACAAGAUCCAAACGAUCCACAAAAGUGGAUAAUCACAAAUGAAAGUGCCGAAAAUUCAGCAUCCAAUCAGACAGGUUCAUCGUUAACAAGACAACAGGAUUAUGAUAUCUCACCAAGUGGCUCCAAUCUGAAUCAAUCUGGAAAUGUCACCACUUUAUCAUUCAAACAGAAAACACCCAAAAGGACCGCAUGCAAUUGUCCAAAUUGUCAAAAUAAUUCCAACAACAAAAUGAUGAGGAGUGGUGAGAAGUUGCGUUUACAUGUUUGUCACUUGUGUGAGAAGACGUAUGGUAAAACGUCGCAUUUGCGUGCACAUCUCCGUGGACACGCUGGACAGAAACCGUUUGCGUGCGAUUGGGCACACUGUCAGAAACGAUUCACACGCUCUGACGAGCUUCAGAGACAUCGAAGGACACAUACUGGAGAAAAACGUUUCACGUGUAAUCAGUGCGGCAAGAAAUUCAUGCGAUCGGAUCACUUAACGAAGCACGAAAGAACACAUUCUUCAUCGCGUGGACACGCAGCCAUUGAAAACUCGCAACGUGCACAACAGAACAUGAUCAACUCCAAUUAA